CCGUAUAUAAGCCAGAACGAGCGCCAGCUGUCACAACAGUCUCGCUACGACAUGAAGCUGCUUACCGCGUGCACGUUGCUGGGGGCGCUCUUCGGACUUGCAGCUACUGAACAGCAGAAGCGCGGCCUUGAAGAGUAUAGUUAUGGCGGGGGAAGCUUCGACGGCGGCGAAGAACAAGAACAAGAACACGUGCGGACCAUCAUAAUUACCAAGAAGGUGCCGUAUCCUGUCCCUAAGCCCUACACUGUCACCGUCGAGAAGAAGGUCCCUUAUGAAGUUAAGGUCCCUGUUCACGUGUCCGUCCCUAGGCCUUAUCCCGUAGAGGUACCCAAGCCCUACACGGUUGUGGUGGAGAAGAAGGUGCCAUAUACUGUAGAGAGAAAGGUACCUUACGAGGUUAAGGUCCCCGUCAAAGUACCGUAUCCCGUGCCUCACCACGUCGAGGUUCUCAAACCCUACCCCGUGCAUGUCCCUAAACCCGUCCCCGUUCCUCAUCCUGUGUACGUCGAGAAGAAAGUCCCAAUUUACGUAUCUCAUCACGAGGGGGGUCUGAGCAGUGGCGGUGAGGAACAGCACGGGCAAGCUGAGAGCUACAGCAGCUUUACCCUCGGCGGUGGCGAGGAACACGGCCACGGCGGCUUCUAACUGCGCCGAUCCACAUCACGUGACGUCACACUCUGCUUCUGGAGCACGCCAUGAUCUAUUUAUUCACACUUCAUCUACAUAAUUGCAACCACAAAUAUGAAUCAUACUAGAAUCAUUAAAAGGAAUAACACGUUUUAAAUUUCGGCUGAA